UCGGAGGCUGGGCAAACGAGUGGGUAUAAAACAGUUGAUCGGCAGCGAAGCCGGCAUCAGUCACGUUUAACUUUGCUUUCCUGCUCGACACAUUUACCAACAUGAAGGUCGCGGUUGUUUUCCUCGCGGUGCUGGUUUGCGCGCUGGCAAACGAGAAGUACACGACCAAGUACGACAACAUCGACUUGGAUCAGAUCCUGAAGAGCGACCGUCUACUGAACAACUACGUAAACUGCCUGCUGGAUCUUGGAAGUUGCACACCGGACGGCAAGGAGCUUAAAAAAUCUCUGCCAGAUGCACUGGCGAACGAUUGCACCAAGUGCAGCGAGAAACAGAAGAAUGGCAGCGAGAAGGUCAUCCGCUACCUGAUUAACGAGCGACCACAAGUAUGGGACAGGCUGUCGAAGAAGUACGACCCAACCGGACAGUACAAGACCAAGUUCCAGAAUGAGGCAACCAAACGCGGCAUCAAAUUGUAAACGAUUGCCGAUAAAAAAGAAUUCCUUGAAGGAAACGUCUGGUGUCACGUAGUGAAGAGGAACCAUUGAUUUUAUAUCGGCUACGUAAUUAUUUUCUUCAAUUUGUAUCCAGCUGAAAGGUCACGAAAUAAAUGUUGCAUCCUGUAAGAAUGUAAA